AUGACUUCUAAGAUUACAAAUAUUCUUCUUAUUGGUGAAAAAUAUACACUCUAUACAAAUUAUUUUAUAUUUUUUAUUGGAAUUAUUGGAAAUUUUCUUAAUAUUCUUGUUUUUACUGAUUUAAAAAUCUUUCAAAAAAAUCAAUGUAUUUUAUAUUUUAUAACCGAAUCAAUAUCAAAUAUAUGUCAAUUAAUUAUAUUUUUUCUUAUAUAUUUAUUAAUAUCCAUAUAUACAAUUGAUCCAGCAAAUUUAAUACUUUUCUGGUGUAAAUUUCGUGGUAUGAUGAUUACAAUAUGUACAUUAAUAUCAUUUUCUGCAAUAUGUUGUUCUGCAUUUGAUCAAUAUCUUUCAACAAGUCCUCAAUUUAAUUUAAGAAAAUUAAGUACGAUUAAAUUAACUGAAAUUCUUAUAUUUACAGCUAUGAGUAUUUCAUUAUUACAUAGCAUUUCAUUUUGUAUUUUUUUGGAAAUUCAAGAUUCUUUCUGUCGUAUUUUCGAUUCAAUUAUGUCUCGAUAUUUAUCUUAUUUUUAUUAUCCAAUUUUAUCUGGAAUUUUACCUAUAUUUAUUGCAUCAUUAUUUAGUAUCUUAGCAUAUCGUAAUGUUCGACGAAUAGUUCAAUUGCAAAUGCCACUUGUUCGUCGACGACUUAAUCAACAAUUAACAGCAAUGGUACUUGCUCGUAUUAUUGUAUUUGUUUUUUUAACAUUACCUUAUGCUAUUCAAAGAAUGUAUAUAUAUCUUCCAAAUGUUGAGAAAACGAAUCAUUCUCGACAUGCAGUUGAUAAUCUAGUCGAAAGAAUUAUCAGUUCAUUUUUCAAUUUAAAUUAUGCAGGAUCUUUCUAUAUAUUUAUGGCAUCUUCAUGGCGAUUUCGUCGUCAAACAAAAAAUGUUUUAUUAAAAAAAUUUUGGCGACGAUGGAAACGACGACCUUGUAAUGAUAAUCAAAUUUAUCCAAUUGGCUAG